GGGGCGAGGCCGGGGCCGAGCCAGGGGCCGGGAGCGCUGGUGCCUGGGCAGUGCCGGCGGCGUCUCCCUCGCAGGCGCAGCGGGGAGGAGGGGCCCAGCCGCGCCCCCCACCCUCCCGCGGGCGUCACCUCAGCCCUUGUCCCGCACUUCAGCCUCCCGGGGCGCGCCGCCUCCUCCCCUGUCUUUAUGUCACACCGAGACCCCCCGCUCUGCAGGCUGGACGGGCGGAGCUGCGUCUUCAGUGCUGCUGCUGCUGAGAGGUGAUUCAUGGCAGGGGACGUGGAAGGGUUUAGCUCCGCCAUCCAUGAUACCAGUGUCUCUGCUGGGUUCAGAGCACUGUAUGAGGAGGGAUUGCUUCUUGACGUCACUCUUGUCAUUGAAGACCACCAGUUUCAGGCCCAUAAAGCCCUGCUUGCCACCCAGAGUGAUUACUUCAGGAUUAUGUUCACAGCUGACAUGAGGGAACGAGAUCAAGAUAAAAUCCAUUUGAAAGGUCUGACUGCCACAGGCUUCAGUCACGUCCUCCAAUUCAUGUACUACGGAAACAUUGAACUGAGCAUGAACACUGUUCAUGAGAUUCUGCAGGCUGCCAUGUAUGUUCAGCUUAUAGAGGUGGUGAAGUUCUGCUGCUCUUUUCUUUUAGCAAAAAUCUGCUUAGAAAACUGUGCAGAAAUUAUGAGACUAUUAGAUGAUUUUGGUGUAAACAUCGAUGGAGUCAGGGAAAAGUUGGACUCUUUUCUUCUAGAAAAUUUUGUGCCACUCAUGUCCAGACCUGACUUCUUGUCCUAUCUGAGCUUUGAAAAGCUUAUGUCUUAUUUGGAUAAUGAUCAUCUGAGCAGGUUUCCAGAGAUAGAGCUCUACGAGGCUGUUCAGGCUUGGCUGCGGCAUGAUAGAAGACGCUGGAGACAUACCGACACCAUCAUUCAGAACAUCAGGUUUUGUUUGAUGACACCAUCCAGUGUUUUUGAGAAGGUAAAAACAUCAGAGUUUUAUCGAUACUCUCGGCAGCUGCGGCAUGAAGUUGACCAAGCCAUGAAUUACUUUCAUAGUGUUCACCAACAGCCUUUGAUGGAAAUGAAAUCCAACCGUAUUCGUUCUGCCAAACCCCAGACUGCAGUAUUUAGAGGAAUGAUAGGACACAGCAUGGUAAAUAGCAAAAUUCUUCUCUUGCACAAACCAAGGGUCUGGUGGGAGCUAGAGGGCCCUCAAGUACCUUUACGACCAGACUGCCUUGCCAUUGUCAAUAACUUUGUAUUCUUGUUAGGCGGGGAAGAACUGGGCCCAGAUGGUGAGUUUCAUGCUUCCUCCAAAGUAUUUAGAUACGACCCUAGACAAAAUACUUGGUUGCGAAUGGCAGACAUGUCUGUUCCACGCUCAGAGUUUGCUGUUGGUGUUAUUGGGAGAUACAUCUAUGCGGUGGCUGGGAGAACAAGGGAUGAAACAUUUUACUCGACUGAACGGUAUGAUAUCACUGCAGACAAAUGGGAAUUUGUGGAUCCCUAUCCAGUCAAUAAAUAUGGACAUGAAGGAACUGUACUCAGUAACAAGUUGUAUAUCACUGGGGGAAUUACUUCAUCUUCCACUUCUAAGCAAGUGUGUGUGUUUGACCCCAGUAAAGAAGGGACGGUAGAACAGCGAACGAGGAGAACUCAAGUGGUCACUAACUGUUGGGAGAACAAAUGCAAAAUGAAUUAUGCAAGAUGCUUUCACAAAAUGAUUUCCUAUAAUGGUAAGCUUUAUGUCUUUGGUGGUGUUUGUGUGAUCUUGAGGGCUUCCUUUGAGUCGCAAGGGUGUCCUUCUACAGAGGUUUACGACCCAGACACUGAUCAGUGGACUAUUUUGGCUUCUAUGCCAAUUGGAAGAAGUGGUCAUGGUGUAGCUGUUUUGGACAAACAGAUAAUGGUUCUUGGAGGCCUUUGUUACAAUGGUCAUUACAGUGAUUCAAUUCUCACCUUUGAUCCAGAGGAAAACAAAUGGAAAGAAGAUGAAUACCCAAGAAUGCCCUGCAAGCUGGAUGGUUUACAAGUUUGCAGCCUGCACUUUCCUGAAUAUGUACUGGAGCAUGUUAGACGUUGCAACUAAAAAAACAAACAAAAAAACCCGCUUCUAACCCCAAUGAAACACAAAAAACUAUCUCUAAUUUGACAGGAAAACAAAGCAGAUUUAAUUCAUUUAAAGACGUUGACUUGUAGGUAAAACAGCUAUUAGAUGCAUAGAGAAACGGGAUGUACAGGGAAUGCACCUACCAAGUUUAUUAGAAAUGCCAAUAACUGUGGUCUGGUAAUGUAAAAGUUUUGCUUUUUAUUUUUUUUAAACAAAUAUUGCUGUAUGUGGGGUGGAGUGGGGGAGAGGGGGCAGAAAAAUCUAUUUUUCAUUGUGUUUACUUUUUUUCCCUUUUUCUUUGUGGCCUUUUAUGUCCAUGCAAUAAGUUUAUUCUGUAUAAUGGCCAUCACAGCAGCAUCCUUCUUGGAACCAGUUGAAUAUAAUGAUCUACUUAUGGGGAGAAGGGGGACAGAAAAAUAUAUAUUGUGCAUUUUCAUUAAGUGUCAAGAUAGGAUUCAGCAGCCUUACUGGGGGAAAUACCUGAAUUAAACUCUAUUGACAAGGGUUUCAUUUUGUUGCUUUAAGUUGUGGUGGACAUUUUUAUUUUCUCCAUUUAUGAGUACUCACAGUCCAGUUUGGUAUUUUUUUUGUUUGUUUUCUGUUUUCCCGUAAAUACAUUUUAAAAUUAUCUUAACCUUUUGUGCAUGGCUUUUCCCUGGAUUUGUACAGUAGUAUCAGUAAGUCUGCCAAAAAAUGCAAGUUAUACAUUUUCUAUUAAAUUGAAAAUGAAGCAUUUUUAUAUUCCAACACUAUUUCUAUGCUGCCUUCUAUUGUCUGCAUUGUGUUUGUUGGUGAGUAAGAUAUAUACACACACAUGCAUACACUGUAAGAUCUAUAUAUAAUGCAUCUUUUUAUGUGCAAUUAGGAUAUUAUAUUUUUAACUAGGGCACAGAUUCAGCCAUAUCUGUUGAAUUUUAGAUAUAGUAGCAUUCUUUCUUGAAUUAAAUAUUACAAAAUUCUUAAGUAACUGGAGGCCUAGUUUGGUAUCAAAGAAGCCUAUCUUUGGUAUACACUGAUUCAUUCAGUAAUAUUUAAACUCUUUAUAUUAAUAAUAUGUAAUGAACUGUUAACAGUUUGACAUUUUAUAUAUUAUUUUAAAAAAGUAAAUACAUCUUACCCAGUUACAGUUCUUCACUUUUGAAUGUGUUGCCUUGUUUUUAAUAAAAAUCAGAAAUGUAUCAGUAAGCAAGCAUGAACACUGCACUAACAUGCAGUUUUUUUGUCAGACCUGGAUAUACUAUUAUUUUUAGCAAUGGCAUCGCUUGUAGUUGUGUUGAAGUGAUGUAAUCUAAUAUUAUUUUUGAAGCAUCAACUGAUAUGAACUGCUGUGUUCUAAAAAUGUGGGGUUAGGCAGUUGGGGACAAUGUUUACCAUUUCUGUAAUCUUUAAAAUAGAAUCCUACAAAACUAUAGCUACUGACCUCAUACUUCCUGAAAUAAGACUUGUGAUCCAAGAGGGCUUGAAUAACUGCACCAUGUUUGAGCACUUUGUUAACUUGUUGACUUUUACUGACUGUAGAUUGGUGAGACUAUCCACCAAGAUAAACACAAUUAUAAAAGUAAAGCAUUAAAAUCCUAGUUCUUUCACACUGGUGUGAAAUUAGCCUCUUCUGGAGUCAAGAGGGAAAAGAUUUCCUCUCUAAAAUUUGAGGCCAACACUGAGCUCAAUUAUGCAGGGACAAACUGCUGAGAUAUAAGCUUGCAAAAUCAUCUGCUUACGUGAAACUCUAGCAUUAGAUUUUACAAGAUAUGCAGUAAUGGUUGAGAAUCCAUUUCUGUUUCAGCAUCUCCCAGCCAGAAGUCACUGUAGAAAAGGAAUGUACAGUACUCAGGGAGUUCAAAAGAAUGCACUUAUAAGGGACCAAAUACACCCUAAAUUUGCUAUGAUAAAUGGUAACAAGUUUGUUGGGCUAAACAAAAUUAGAAAUUAAUAAUGGAUAUUAAAAUGUUUUGCGAAAUGCAUCAUGCUCACAUUUAAUGGUAUUUUUGUUUUCUUGCAGUAAUGUUCUUUCAAAUUCUGGAUUGAGAGAGAUGGGAGGACAUGGAGUUGUAUUGCAAGUUAGCAGAUUUUAUUUUUUUAAUUAGCAAUAAUAUAGCAAAGCAGAGUUGAUUACUGUAAUCUUUGUUCAAAAGAGAGAAUUUACACCACCAUAGCUGGAAUGAUAAAGGAUGUCUAAGCCAGAGAUGGCUGGACCAAAUGUUCACAUUCAGUCUUCUGGUGCAGACCAUAGGUUGCAGUUCAAUGUAAUUCUUUGCUUAUUAUUUUCCUAUAUUUUUCAAUUUACAAGUACAGAAUUUAAUUUGUUUUAUUUUAGUAAUCUGAACUACAAUCUUUUUGAUAUAAGACAAGGCACCAACCUUACCAUGAGAUGUGUGCAGAUGGAUCCCUGCAGCCAAUUGGGGCACCGUUUACUUUGAUGGGCCCUGCUCAGGUGCAGGGCUUCUGUGUUUGUAUAUUUCAUUGCAGAAUCAGGGUUCAAGACAAGUUAUCUUAUUUUUACUCCUGUUUUGCUCUUUUUGUUACUAGCCCAUUUUCUGGCAUGUUACGUGAAUUGGGCAGCAAAGAUUAGUAGUCCUGCAGUCUAGGUAGGCUUAUGCAAGCCUAUCAUGAGUAAUAUUGAGCAUUUCACCCUGCUAUUUAGGGGUGAGCUGGGGAACCAUUGCUGAUCUGGAAAUUUGGUCUUCCAUGAUUUAAGUAUAACAGAUUAAAGAGAGAAGGCCAAGAUUUUACAAAAAUGGGUGUCUAAAGUUAUGUUCCUAAAUCUGUACUUCAGCACCUACGUAAGUGACCUGAUUUUUCUAAAGUACUGAACACCCAGCAGCUCCCACUAAAGGGAAAGGGAAUGCUGGAUGCUUGGUACUCUUGAAAACAAGGCUUGUUAUUUAGGUGCCUAUGCCCCCUUUAACUUCAGGAACCCAGUUUUAAAAAUCUUGUUUAAGGCCUGUAAUACUAGUUACUUGGUGAAACUCUAACUUGAACUAAUUAUUGGUUUCAGCUUCAGCUGAUGUGUUGGCCGUAACCAUUUUGCGCAUUAAGAAUUAUUGGAAUUUGCUUGGUUCAUAAUGUCUGGAAGGCUGGGAAUGUUUUGUAAUGUACAUUUCUACCAUGCUCAUUAUUUCAGUCAAUAAAUACAUAAUUAAUCCACAUUAUCUAUAAAUUGUGAUGUAGCUUUUGAAAAAAAAAAGGUUACAUUUUUGAGAUAGCUUAGAGGGAUGUUUUCUUUUUCACUAAACCAUUUUGUGUGCAUUUGCCUUUAGUAGCUAUGCUCCGUAGUCAGUGUUUAAACAAUAACAAACCAACCGAACAAAAAAUCAAGGCUAGCUAAUCAGAGACUUGCAUAUCACCUAUGAGAUCUUUUGAAUAUGAUUAUUAUAUUAACUUGAGGAUUUUUUACCACUUAAAUGUACUCCUAGUUAAUGAGGAAAAAGGUAAACCCUAACCCUUUCUAGUAAAUUUGCUCGUUUAUCUCUCCCAUUCCUUUUUUUUAUACUUUUUAAAACUUGGCACACAGCCUGCUUUUAAACAGCAACAGUACUCGUGUUGUAAAAAGGGAUAGACAUACUUAGUCCAAUCUCUGUUUCUCAGUUUAAAAAAAAGUCAGUGUUGGGUUCUUGUCUAGCUAUCUCCGUUUCCUUCCUGGUCCUAAGAGGAACCCUGUUUCCUUGUUAGGGGCCAGAAGCUGCAGAGUGCUGAGCACUUCAUGAAAUGUGCUGAGCACCAUCAGUUCUCAUGGGGAGCCCAGCAUGCGCAGUCCCUUGCCAGUUCAGGCAGAUUUGCAAAAGAACUCAGCACCUAGUUAAGCACCAAAGUAAGUGGCCAGAUUUUCAAAAUUAAGCCAUUCACACUGGGUGCGUUGAGCACUUUUGAAAGUCUGGCUGUAUAGAUUCAGCUGAAGGGAGGCAAUUACUGAUACUGCAGAAAGAGGCAGCUACUAUUUCAGAAAGCUCACUAGCCUCAGGGACCUGUGGCAAUUCAAGGCCUGAUGAUUUGCUGUCUAGUUCCAUAUUCUUUAUGCCAUUGGAAAACAGAAUCCCUGCUUUUUCAGUGAUGUAUAGCAGUCAGUAAUUCCUAGUCCUGGUGAUUUGUGACUUUAACACUCUUGGAGGAUGUCUACACAGGGAUAAAAGACCCAUAGCAUGGCCGCAGCUAGCCCAGGUCAGCUGACUCGGGGUCAGGCUGUGGGGCUAAAAAUCAUUGUGUAGACAUCUGGGCUCAGGAUGAAGCCCGAGCUCUAGGACCUUCCACUCUACACAGAGAUUUUGUUCAGCCCUGGAACCCGAGCCCCGCAAGUCCAAGUCAGCUGACCUGGGCCAGCUGUGAGGUUUUUUUAUCCCUGCAUAGACAUACUGUUUGGCCCCUGAGAGUUGCAGUCCUGUCGUCUUGCUCUUGAGACCUUUUUUCUGCAGCAGCAAAUGCUGCCUUUUUACUGAUACUAUAAUAAUCAUCCACAUCAUAGAUGGAGCUUCUCCGUACACUCACGAAGCAAACGAUUAAACAAGUACAAAUUAAAUUAGGUUAAAAACCAUACAUAUACCAAUACUGGUCUUUAACUCAACGUGACCACUUCAUAAAGUGAGAGUUGGCUUGAGGGUAUAUCAGCUGCUCUUUCUGAAAUACACAAUUCUGCACCUUAUGUCUUUUGUUUCAUAAAGGACUAACUGAAGAAAAAUCAUGCAUUUUUAAAAUAGGAAUGUCAUUUACAGGAAUGUUUUGCCUUUAUUGAAAUAUUUUUUUCUUGUCAAAAAAAAAAUAGGGAAUUGGGCUCCAAUUCUUCAGACAUGGGCAUGUUUUUAGCUUUACAUAGAUGAGUUGUCCAUUGAAAUAAAAUGAAAAGCUGUGCCAACUAUUUAAAAGUCUAUUCACAUGUAAAGUUUAAGUGUGUGCUAAAAUGUCGGUAGGAUUGGGGCCUUAGAGAAAACUUGCUUUCUCCCCACCUCUAUCCAAUAUAGUACCUUGUGAAUUUAUUCUAAUAAGCAUGUUAUGUCACAGUUGCAACACUCACUCAAGUAGUGUGGAAAGGGUAAAGAAGGAAACACAAAAGGAAAGAGAUGUCAGCUAUGUAAAACUAAGUUUACCAAUGUUUUAUAAGUAACAGUUUGAGAUUUUAAUGUUUGUAAGACAAUCUGAAAAUGUUUAAAAUAAACACUAGUGACUACUUUUGUUAUGGCAUCUGUAUUUUAUUUUUCUUGGAUUGCUAAAUAAUCUACAAUUUCAGCAUGUGUAAGAUGUUAAAAUAAGUACAUACUGUGUUUGAAGUAAACCUAAAGAAAUUAUGUUGAUGGCAUCUGUAAUCUUAACAAAAUAUAGUACUGUUAAACAGCUGGCAGAAAAAUAGACUGUUGAGCACUGCUUCCCUGGACUUCCCCUCUCCCCAAAUUUCAGUUCAUGUUUCUGUGCUUUUUAAAAAAGUUUUAAGGAUCAAAUUAAAAUAAUAUUUAGAUUAUAAUUGAGUUAGUAGCUGGGGGAAAACCACUUUCUACUUGCAAGUGCUAUUCCUUAUAUAGUGCACGGGGGGG